AUGCGGUUGAUGUCUCGGAGCACGAUGUUAUACCAAGCCGAGUCGCUGGUGAAGUUGCCUCACCCCAACGUGACGGCUAAGGACUACAAGCCCCCCGUCACCAUUGACCGCGAGCUUCCUGACCCGUUUAAGGAGAAGAAGCGUAACCGGUGGUAUUUCGUUGCCUACGGUAUCGGGGUGGUGGCGUCGUUGGCCAUCAUCUUCAACUACGAGAAGACGAGAUCGCCCAUCACCAACUCCAUCCUCUACUUCUUGCGGCGGCUGAAAAUUGCCCGUGACGAGUUAGGCCCGGGGAUCGACUUCACGCUGUCGUGGCCGUGGAUCUCUGGCGAGUUGAACACCGUCAAGGGUAACAUCGACAUUCUGUUUGACGUCAAGGGGGCCAAUGGGCCCGGUACCAUUAAGUUGAAAUGUAACCGGAGUCUGAAGCUUAUGCCGUUUGACGUCGAGCACUUUGUGUUGGUGAAGGACGGCAAGCUGUACGACUUGACCAAGGAUCCUGAGGUCGACUUUGACAUUUAA